AUGUUUUCAGAAGGCCGAGAAGAUGUGAACGAGGAAGAGCGUGCUGGACACCCGAGCACUUCAACAACAGACGAAAAACUUGAUGAAGUGAAGAAAAUGGUAUUGGCCAAUCGUCGAUUCACCGUUAGAAAAAUUGCCGAGGACCUAGGCAUAUCGAUUGGCUCGUGCCAUUCGAUUUUAAUCGAUAAUUUGGACAUGAGACGGGUCGCCGCAAAAUUCGUACCAAAAUUGCUCGAAUUCGUACCAAAAUCGCUGCUUGUACGCGACUUCUUGGCCAAAAACAACACACUAAUGAUAUCGCAGCCACCGUAUUCCCCAGAUCUGGCCCCCUGUGACUUUUUCUUGUUCCCGAAACUGAAGAGGCCCAUGAAAGGACGACGCUACGCCACGAUUGACGAGAUAAAGACCGCAUCGAAAGAGGAGCUGAACAAGAUACAAAAAAAUGAUUUUUUGAAGUGCUUCGAAGAUUGGAAAAAACGCGUCAAAACAAAAAAUAAUCAACCGUUGCGCCUCGCGUGCCAAGCGCGUUGUCCCGAACGGUACUCGCGUAGUGAACCCGCAGGCCAGAGCGGCGGCACAUGCUACGAGUGUUGGAACGAGCGCUACGAACAUGCUGCCAACGUAACCAUUACUUGA